AUGCCUCCCCGGAUCCGCUCUGUAGCGAGGCUCUCCACCGCGCUGCGGUCGCGAUCGAAGGCCGACCUUUUCUUCUGCCCGUCUUGCUCGCUAUGGCGCCUCGCCGACUCCCAACCGCCCGCCGCCGCAACCACCGCUCACGCGCUUUCACGACACUUUUCCGCCGCCCGACGUCGCCCUGCCGCAGCGCUUGCCUCACGAACCGCCAUCAAUGCUCCCUUGGACGUUCCGCCACGGCUGAAGGAGCUCUACCAGGCAUUGGAUGUGCUGAAGAGUGAUGCUGCCAGCUACGUGAAUUUCAGCAGGCUGCAAUUAGCGCUGCGGGGACUGGAGAGCGAGGAUCCCGUUGUGCGGGUCGCCGUUCUGAGCCUGGGCGACCAGGCGUCGGCGAAGCAGCUCGCCCGACUUUUGCUCGCGGAUCCGCUGUCUGAGCAGAGCAAAUGGGAGGAUGCGCUCGAGGCCCGCGACACCGAGAACGGCCAGGCCAUCUUGCUACGGUACGGCGACGAUUCUGACGUGCACCCGAACAACCCUCUCCUCCACACUAUUUCCGCCCCAUCGAGGAUUUUACAAAAGCACAACGUCGAGAUUCUGAUUUCAUCACUGAACGCCAAUUUCUCCGGACCAGUGUCUCCCUCCAGCGCCGAGAAGCCGAGAGAUGCUAUACUUGUGCCCACAUUGCAAACACCUACGUCGGCGACUGGCCGGUUGACAAUGGUCACUUAUCCUGUGCACCGGGCUAUCGUGUUCGGCGAAGGCGUCAGGAGUUGCGUCAACUACGGACGCUUUACUGCGGGGCAGUCGGAACAGGAGCUACCGCCCGAGACGGUUAAGGUUGCUAUGGGUAUCCCGGCGCCAAGCACAGAACUGAAGCAGGAUGCCUCGGACCGAUAUGUUGCAAUUGAUGUGAACAUUGGUGCUAAGGCGCUCGACAAGUUUCGGGAGUCGAUCACCCAUUCAGUCUUCUACGAGCGGGGAUGGCAUAGGAGUGGUCUGCCCGUUCUCACGGCCUGGCUGGCACAUGGUUCGAGCAGCAACGUGCCUGCAGGACUUAAACCCGCUAUUCGCGACCUCGUGGACUCGAUUCUAGCAGACGCCGACGAAGCCAUCACUGUCGAGGACACGCAGCGCCUGCAAGAACUGCUGGACUCAUCCAUUUCCGAAUCGACCAGAACCGCCAUCCUCUCCAGUCUCGCCAACUGGGCCGAGUACGCACACACGGAGCUCCGUGACCAGCUAGACAUCGCUUUCUCGUGCAAGUCGUGGCGCAAGCUCGCAUGGUGGAAGCUCUUCUGGCGCGUCGACGACGUAGGCAUGAUCCUGUCCGAGCUGCUGGAAAGGCGCUGGCUGGUGUCGGCCGAAAAGGACAUCAUCUGGGUGGCCGGCCGCAUCGAGCAAGCCGGCUUCUUCGCCAACGACCCGGACGCCGCCCACCUCCCCGAACGCGCCACACUCGUCCAGCCUCCUCCUCCAUCAUCAUCGAGGCAGCCCGGCCGCAUCGGCGCCGUCCCCGACGCGCCGCACCCCCGCGCCCUCCAAAAACUAGACGCCGCGCGCCGCGCGGCGGCCGCGUCGGACAACGCAGCGCUCGCGCUGCUCCCGCCGCCGCCCAAGCCGUGGCCGCAGCAGAUCCCCCUGGCGCGCACGCACCUCGCGGCCGCGACCGUGCCGCCGCUCGAGGCCCUCGCGCAGCGGCUCGUCGUGCAGACGCUGUCGACCGUCUCGGCGACGUCGGCGCUGUCGGCGCUGCUCGUGUACGCGUUUCCCGGCACCGGCCUGUUCGAGGCCGGCGCCGUGGCGGCGCUGGGCGCGGCGUGGGGAUUGAAGCGGAUGCAGAGCGUCUGGGAGGGCGCGCGGGGGAGGUGGGAGGCGGACGUCAGGGAGGACGGCAGGCAGGUGUUGAAGGAGACGGAGGAGAAUGUCAGGGAGGUGGUGAGUGUGAGGGGUCGGCCGGAGAGCGACGCGGUGGGGGCGGAGGAGAGGAGGAGGGCGAGGGAGGCGGUGGGGAGGGCGAAGAGGGCGCUGGAUGGGUUGGUGGCGUGA